UCGCCACGGCGCACCUCGUGACAUCCUACACCUCCCGCGGAGUUUGCCGCCCAUUCGUUCUCCAACCGUUCUCCUCCUAAGAAUCAAACGCCUACUCCUUUCCCGCUCAGUCCAACCUCUUUUUUAAUCGGCCCAGGAAAAAUAUGGGCAAAUCGCAGUCAAAGCUCUCACAGGAGCAGCUCGCCGAGCUCCAAAAGUCGACUCACUUUGAUAAGAAGGAGCUUCAGCAAUGGUACAAAGGUUUCCUGAAAGACUGCCCAUCGGGCAUGCUCUCCAAAGAGGAGUUUCAGAAGAUCUACCGGCAAUUUUUCCCAUUCGGAGACCCGAGUUCGUUUGCCGAUUAUGUUUUCAACGUGUUCGACAGCGAUAAGUCUGGUAGUAUAGACUUUAAAGAAUUCAUCUGUGCGCUGAGUGUUACCAGCCGGGGCAAGAUGGAAGACAAGCUGGACUGGGCGUUUCAACUGUACGACAUCGACGGCGACGGCAAGAUAAGUUACGACGAAAUGCUCCAGAUCGUCGAGGCAAUCUACAAAAUGGUUGGCUCCAUGGUUAAGCUUCCCGAGGAUGAAGACACACCCGAGAAGCGGGUUAAGAAGAUCUUCCGAAUGAUGGACAAGGAUGAGAACGGCAGCCUUGACAUGGAAGAAUUCAAAGAGGGAAGCAAACGGGACGAGACGAUUGUUUCAGCACUGUCUUUAUACGACGGGCUUGUGUAGAUUGUUUUAACGUUGCUCUUG